GGGACGCGGGGCGGGACAUGGGGCAGCGCGGCCGGGACGCGGGGCCGGGGCCGGGGCCGGGGCCGGCGGCGGCGGGGAGCGGCGCCAUGCGGAGUCUGAACCAGCUGCGCGCCGAGCAAUUCUCAGCGCUGACUGAUGUAGUCUUCCGCUUUUUGACAGAGCCCAAGGAGGUAGAAAGGUUUCUGACUCAGCUCUCUGAAUUUGCCACCAUGAAUGAAAUCAGCCUAGGUCCUCUGAAAAAUAUUAUCAAAAGUAUCCUCUUGAUACCUAAUGGGGCCCUGAAGAGGAAUCUGUCAUCUGAACAAGUCAGAGCAGAUUUCAUUGCUCUGGGGCUCAGUGAAGAGAAAGCCAGUUAUUUUGCAGAGCAGUGGAAGCUGAAUUCCCCCACCCUGACACGCCUGGCUGUUGGACAGACGCUGAUGAUUAACCAGCUUAUAGAUAUGGAGUGGAAAUUUGGAGUGACUGCAGGGAGCAGUGAACUGGAAAAAGUGGGAAGUAUCUUCUUACAGUUGAAACUGGUGGUUAAAAAGGGAAGCCAAACGGAUCACGUGUAUGUAGAGUUAACAUUGCCGCAGUUCUACAGUUUUCUGCAUGAGAUGGAACGAGUCAAAACCAGUCUGGAAUGUCUCAGCUGAAACCCCAAGGGACUGCAUUUAUACCAUAAUUUCUCCUCGUGGGCCAACAUGUCUGAUCUUAACUCUGCAGAUUUGUAACAUAUUAGAUGAGAUUGCACUGUUUAAUAAACAACACUGUCAAAUAGUUCUGGACCCAGAAUGGAAAUGGUCUUUAAAAAUUGUUAUAUUUCUGUCCUUCAGAGACUGAAACUUUUACAAAUAUUUAGUACCUACAGACAUAAUACUCAUUGCUUUUCUGUAGUAACCAUUAGAAGAAAAUACUGUCAGAUCUAUGUAGACAUUUAUAGUGGCAUGCAAGCUAGGAACACAUGUUAGUGUUCUGCUUCCUUUUGUAUUGGACUUGUAUAAAAGAGAUAAAGCAAACUUGUGAGUAAAGACCAUUUAAAAAAAAAAAAGAGAGAAUCCUAACUAGAUGAAUUAGUUAGCAGUGUUCCACAUCAAAGCUCUUAUUCUCGUGUUAAGAACUUGACUGAUAAUGUACUGCCCCAUAAUGCCUCAUUAUGGAAAUGAUUAUUAAAUAGUAGACAUGGGAGAACACUGGGCUUUUAUUUAAAAGAAAUUUCACCCUGAUAAUUAGACAAAUCCCCCGGUUUUCUGAACA